UAAGCAAGCUUCAUGCGAGACCUCUUUCUCUCUCUCUCUCUCUUUCUUUCUUUCUCUCUCUUACUUAGAGUAUAUGACUGAGCCAUAGCUCUCCUGAGGAAAAGCCCAAAUGGCUUUUGUGGUCCUCACACUCACUAACCGUCCUUUUCAUCGCCUCUAUAUCUGAAUCUUGCUCUUCUCUUGUUUUUCUUGCCACACCAAUCUUUUCUUUUUUCUCCAAGAGAAUGGAAUCGCCCAACUUUGGCGAAGACGAGAGGAGCUUGAAGGACAACAAGAUGGAGGACGAAGAUUUGGAAGAGGAGGAGGAAGACGAAGACGAGAGCAGUGAAGCUGACAGGAAGAGAGCGAGGGCCGCCACUAGGUCCACCAGGAAAGGCGGAUCAUGCAGCGGAUGGGCGCCACCGCCGUUGUGCCAGGCGGAGAAUUGCUCCGUCGACAUGACCGACGCCAAGCGGUAUCACCGCCGGCACAAAGUGUGCGAGUUCCACGCCAAGGCCUCAGUCGCCAUGGUCGCGGGUCUCCGGCAGCGGUUUUGCCAACAAUGUAGCAGGUUCCACGAGCUGUCAGAGUUCGAUGAAACUAAAAGGAGUUGCCGGAGGAGGCUGGCUGGGCACAACGAGCGGCGGCGCAAAAGCUCUUAUGAUAAUCAAGGAGAAGGCUCGAACUGAAAAAUAAGAAACGAGACUUUUAUGAAGCAUCAGACGCUUCCUUUUACAACCGAGUUUGGGAUCGAAUUAAGAUCCAAAUUUCAGUUAUGUGGUUUCUAAGCAUGCUCUCUCUCUUCUGUCAAUCCUUGACUCCCCGAAUGCUACGAUGUUUAAGCAAUAUUCUUAAACUGGAUUUUGCAAAAGAGUAUGCUUCAAGUAUCA